UGGAGUCUCUUAUACAACAAGGAGGAUUUUCAAGAAGAAGCAUCAUGCUCGACCACGUCGAAUAUGUUGAUCACGAGGAGAUACUUAUUUAUGUAUGAUGAUGAAGACCUCAUCCUCACCUGGUGCCGAGAUAAACGGCUGCGCUACUUCUAGAACAUGUUGAAGCGUCAACAUGCCAUCAUCUUGAUACAGCGGACGAAAACCAACAAGUAUCUGUCAUGAUCUGUCCACAUCACGACUACUGAAUUCAGGCGCAAUCAUCACUAGAGGUGGCAGCGUUUCGACGACCUAUGACACGCUCAUCCCCAACGUAGUACUUGCCCAACUAUUUCCUGCAAUUUGCCUUCUACUUUCUCCUCGUCUACCACAGACUCAUUUUGGCAUUGGCACCACAACCGAUUGUCCUACCACUCAAUGAUAUAUACAAUGUAGUUUUGCGCAGCGAGUGUUUAUAUUUAUUCUUAUCGAGGAGCUUGACAGCACAUAGUCUUCAUCAUUGAUCAAAAAAAGCGUAGUAGAUAGGUAGGUGGACGACCACUUCGAAUUUUCGAUGAAGGUAGAAACAAGUAGAUGAGCAGCCUAGGUACGUAUGUAAGAUAUUGCCAAGCGCAUUCCCGCAUCCCCGAUUCUUUUCGUCCUGCCUCUGAAUCCUUAAAUGAUGUUUUUUGAGUUCUACCUCUUGUAAAAAGAAGUAGUAGUACCCUUGUUCUAAAUACCUAGUACACCAAGUACAUUUUCCGCUACUCUCUAUUUUUAGUUCUUCUUCUUGUAGUAUAAAAAAUUUUUAGUUUUAGAACAGAUGAAGAGCCUAGCUCUAGCAUUAAUCUAGCUUCAUCUUCAAAACAGCACCUAGAAGAAGCUGAAGAAUCAAAAUGCGACAAUCUCAAUCGAGUGCGCCCUCGAAUCGCGAGGCAAGAAGUCGGACUCCUGUUCGCGAGAGUCGCAGGAGUCCGACUUCUUGCCUCGCGAUUCGAGGACCAUCGUAAAAAAGUGUCUUCAACUGUUCCUGCUGAUGGUCACCAUUCACUACACAACGUAAAAACAACCAACGAGGUUACUACUAUGCAUAAAACCUAGACACCUACGAAUACACAAGAACCAAUUACAACUGAUUUUUUCAGUAGAGCGAAAAAAUCAAAAAAAAGUAGAAGUUCCACUUCCACCCCGACUACAUAUGCACCAAGUAAAAAAGUUCAAAGAUGAAGGAUUCAUUUCUUCUUUCUACGACAGAGUCUGUCCUCACGGAUCGCGAGGCAAGAAGUCGGACUCCUGGAGUCCUUCAUCAAUCUGCGGCUUGGCUGGAAUACUGUGCGGAAAAACAGCAAAGGAGAACUUCUUCUCUUACAACGACAACAACAAAUUGUACUAAAUCUUCUGAGACUAUAGGUGGCGCAGGUUUGCGGCCACUAUCCACGACGAAUGUAGCAUUGUCUUCAUCUACAGCUUCUAACUCUUCAUCUUCUACACCUUUUAGCUCAUCAACAGUUGGAGAUACUACUGGAGCUGGAGCAAGAAGAUUGCAGCAAGUAGGAGAAGCAAUGACGACAGGCGCAGAUGAUGGAUCAACACGUAGGUCUACGUGGUCAUCCGAUCUCCGAGUUUCUCCCAAUAAGAACGCUGCCGCGAACAGAAAUAGAGAUAUCAUGUUAUCAUCUCCGACUCCCGCACAAGUGUCAGAAAAUCUGAGAAAUAUGUACGAAUUGAAGAAUAAUAUUCCUCCUGCGCCCCCUCCCGCGACGUCAUCUUCAAGCUCUUCAAGGACUGUGCCUUCAUCAUUGGCGCCAGAGGGAGAGUCCGCCUCCUCUGUUGGUGUCGUGUCCUCUGCGCAAGAAGGGGAUCCAGAACACGCUGAGGAAAUCGUUGCGGAUAGAGAUGAAGAAGAUGUUUUUGGAUUACGAAGACGAAGUAGGUGGAAUUAUGAGGAUCAUGUUGAUCGAGAGGCACAUGAAGAUAAAGAACAUCAAUAUAAACAUCAACCACGACAUCAAGAGGAAAAAGAUCAUUUCGAAGUAGUAGAGGACCAAGUAGUAGACCCAUCUGCAGCUGCAGAGCAGGCAUUUCGUCGUGCUGCACGUGAUCGUGCCAAUCGCACUCUAGAUGCGUUUUUUCUUCGAGAACUUCUGCCAGACGAGACCCGCACUUUCCUCGUAGACGCUAUGACCUUGAAGUUUCUAGCUCUGGCGUAUCUCCUGGCAGAGUUUGGCAGCAGUCUAAGGCUUUUCGGCUCCGUGGGUCUGAGCGUCGCGAUGGCGCUUGGUCAAAUGGUCUGGUUUGUAUUAGGAAGUGCAGCUCGUCAAGUCGCGCUGUCUGCGUCGGCUUCUAGCAAAAAACGCACAGGAGAAGCCGAACAAGAUCAGGAGAACGAGGGGGACGAUUUCGAACUUGAUGGACGCGCUGCGAUGGAGGUAGUACAGCUAGUUUGAUUGUAGUAGUACACGUACAGCUAGUUGUAGUGCUUCUGCUUGACGCAUGUUGUUGCACUUCGUGCAGUUUCAAAAUAUCCUCAUUGAUUUGAGAAAUACAACGACUUGCUAUGUGAUCUAGAAUUUUUCUUUAGAUGAGCGGUUAGUCUUAUAGUUGUACAUCACGGUGACACCUCAACAUGAUCUACCUCCACGACUCAGACUGCCUCCAAUGAAGCAACUUACCAAGCUCGUGACGGGGAUGAGUGGUUGCUAAACCGGUAUGUGCUCACCUGUUGGCCUUGUAGUGACCUUGACGAUGAGAAGGACGGGUCCUCUCCGGAAGGGUCCUCUCCUGAGAAUGACACUGCUGAUCACGUCAAUGGAAAUCAUGAUCUUGAUCAUGAUGUCAACACUGGAACAAGAAGACGUAAUGAAGACGUAGAUGUUGACGUCAAAGUCAACAAUGGAUAUGGAACAAGACGAGGUAAAAAUGACGUUGUAGUACGCGAAAUCGAUAAAGCGAGACAGCUCUUUUCAGUCUUGCUCACUUCGAGACGGCAACGGUUUGCGCACAUCAACGACCGACGCUCACAAGUCGUGCUUCUUGUGUCGGAACUGGAGGAAAGAAGACCUAGACUAGCACCGGGAAGAACCGAACCAGAGGGAGAGCAGCUGGACGCGGUGCCACCUCGACCAGAAGGACAAUACGUUGAAGAUGAAAAGCAGGAUGAAGGUAGUGACGAUCUUCAUUGCUUGGAAACGAAAAAUCAUCAAGGACAACAGGGCCACUUGAAAUUGGAGUUGGCUCAACUAUCGAUCGCGGAAGGGCUUGCGCGUUUUCUGCUUGUUGCCGCAACUCUCUUUUUCGGGAUUUUCUUGCCCUAUCAGACGGCCAUGGGACUCAUACAAUGUGUGCGCACUAUACUGGAAAACGUAGAGCAGGCGGUCAGGGCAUUCUUAGUGCGACGGUUCCGCUUCGUAGGAACUGUGGACGAGGUGAUAAACACGUUGUAUCUGGAAAAUUAUGAUACGUGAGAGCACGUUUAUCUUAGCCCUCAAGACCUUGCUCUUGUUCUUCUUCUGGCACAAAAUAACAGGACGACGCCAAGGGCUGCAGCAUCUCUAGAUAAUUUUAGCUAUUUAUUUCUUAGUUGUUCAAUCUGCUCCUAGUACUCGGCUUUCUUCAUUUCUGAGUCGUGUACACGAGUCGUGUUGAGAGAAUCAUGCUCGUUCCUCCCUCGACACGUUCAUGCUGAAUCACCAGAAGAUAUUUAUAAGGCAACAUGGUGAAUCACCAGGAGAUCAGUUUUGUCUUCCCUUAUAAAUAUAGUUGAUGAAGACGGAAAAAAAUAUCACUAGACUCUAACAUCUGAACACCAUGUGCAUCGCAACGGACAUGGUACAGGCGUGGACCCGGAAUUUGCAGAGUCGAGACAAGAGUUUAGUCAAGCCCGUGGAACGUGUGAUGCAGGCAUUGGAGAAGGAAAUGAGUAUCUUAUGGUUCUUUUAGAGUCGUACUCUUUAUCAACAACCUUAUUAAUUUAAAUGAAUCUAACAAGCUACUCCUGAUCUUUACAGCAUUUAAUAAUCGUUCGUGCCUUUUAUACAUUCAAUUGUGAAAGAGAUGAAGAAGACGGAAUUUUUGCAUCGAUUUUUUUUGAAUCAACAAGUAGAAGGAUGAUGAUGAAGUAGUUAUAAUAUUAGUACCUGUUCCACUUGUACUAGACAGAUCUAACAGGGUGCUCAUCUCGUACUCGUUCAUCUUGAUGUUGUCCUGGUGCUAAAGAUUCAGAAAAAAUUGGUAAACAAUAACAUUAACAACGAAAUCGAUUUUCUACUUCUACUAAGAAUGAUGAAAGUCCUCGCUUCUUCAUUGCCAUUGUUCGCUUUUUAUCUCUAAUACUCCAAUCCAACGAGAACAUCAAUCGGGUGAAUUCGCUUUGGAAGAACCUAAACUUGUACCAUGAAGUGUACAACCAUUUCCAUGCCAUGUCGCCGCUUCGUUAUCUUUAAGGCUUGCCGUUUGUUCCCUAAUGCUAAAAAUUCAUGUUGAUGUUGAAAAGCAUCUUUGAAUCCGUAGCUUUAUUAUUCCAGAGGGAAACAGGUCACACAUGAGACUCUCACGAACAUGUCGUGUAUAUUCUUUCACAUCAUUUUUGGGUAGGAAUAUGUAACAAAAAGCAGCUGCAGCUCUAACAUCUCCUUUCGCUUGUGGUUUUUAUGCUCGUAAUAGGUUUCACCGUGAAUCUGUUCUGGCGCAUUCCUUGGAAAGAACGGGAGGAACGACUCGUAGCUAGUAAGAAGAACUUGAUGAAGAGGUUGCGUGAGGAAAAAAGAAGCGAGAUGGAAUUAGAUUGUACUGUUUGUUGGGUGAAACGACGCGAAGUCGUCUUCGUCGCUUGCCGACAUCUGGUGUGCUGCGAAAGCUGUUUGCAGACACUUCGAGGUGUCUGUCCAAUAUGCCGUACCAAAUCGAGACAAUACAUGCCUGUGUAUGUCAGUUAGCGACUUCUGGUGGACAUGUAGUUGGCUGGAGGUGCAGGUGGACAUGGACAGUGGGGUCCUCUUGGACUUGGUUCUAGAACGACUCACCUGUGAUCGCAGAUGGGAAGAUGUUGUAAACUACAAGGUUUGGACAUCGGUCAUGAUCAUGAUCUGGCAACGGCUUUACUCAGGUCACCUGCCCCCUCGGUGUUCGUCGACUUUACACAGUUCACCCAUCAUCCUCGGAGGCGAGCAGGUGCCGGUGGGGCUCGUUGUGCAGGAUCCAUAACCUAACCUAGCCUCAAAGUCUUCAAGUUGCACUCUGGUUCACUGACGGGCCUCGUUUGCCUAUGAGUACUAUGACUUCUAUCUUUCUUAGACCAGUGCUCACCACGUGGCGCGCAAAUGGUGGAUGAAGUAGGAAGUUGGGGGUUCUUCAAUGGAUAAGGAUAU